CUAGAAGCGGGCUGACCUCUGACAGAGCGCCGCUUUCCGGCUCGCAAACACGGAAGCAGCAUGGCGUCAAACACCGAUGUCUCCGAGCGCCAAAGAAGUGCACGGCAAAGACUGAGAAUUAUAGCCGGCCAUUUGCAGAAAAGCGAGGGAAAUGAGCACACGGCGUUAUCCGCACAAGAGUGUAAAGCCGAGACGCCCAGGUCCAACGCUGCUAAAGUGACCGCGGUGCCGAAAAGAAGGCAAGAAAUAAUGAAGUGGAAUGGCUGGGGUUACAGUGAUUCCCGUUUUCUCUUUAACAAGAAAGGCCAGGCAGAGUUUACAGGCAAAAGGUAUCGGCUAAGUGGUCUGAUUCUCCCCAGUCUGAAGGACUGGUUUGAGGGUACAUUUGGUGCCAACCUACAACAUAAAUCCCCAGCGACAGCCAGUUUGAAUGUGAGUGCAGUCCCACCCCCAACCCUGAACGAGCUGUUUGUGGAGGAGCUGAAGGCUGCCGGUGUGGCCCUGUCAACUGGCCCAGAGGACAGAGUGUUCCGUUCUCAUGGUCACUGUCUGCAUGAGGUCUUUGCCCUGAGGGAGGGGAGAAUUGGAAGAAUACCAGACCUGGUAGUUUGGCCAAACUGUCAUGAUGAUGUAGUGAAGAUUGUGGAGCUGGCCUGCAAGCACAAUGUGUGUUUGAUACCAUAUGGAGGUGGUACGAGUGUGUCCAGUGCUCUAGAGUGCCCCCCAGAGGAAACUCGAUCCAUUGUGUCUUUAGACACCUCUCAGAUGAACCGAAUAUUGUGGAUUGAUGAGAAAAAUCUAACAGCCCAUGUUGAGGCUGGCAUCAUUGGCCAGGACCUGGAAAGGCAGCUGAACGAGAGCGGCUACUGCACUGGACAUGAGCCGGACUCUAUGGAAUUUAGUUCUCUUGGAGGCUGGGUAGCUACACGUGCAUCAGGCAUGAAGAAAAACAUCUAUGGCAACAUCGAAGACCUGGUGGUACAUAUAAAGAUGGUGACCCCUAGAGGUGUGAUUGAGAAGAGCUGCCAGGGUCCACGGAUGUCCACUGGACCAGACAUCCACCAUUUCAUCCUGGGCUCUGAAGGCACGCUGGGUGUGGUCACAGAGGUUACGAUGAAGAUCCGUCCUGUCCCCGAGUAUCAGAAAUACGGCUCUAUCGUCUUCCCAAACUUCCAGCAGGGCGUGGCCUGUCUGCGAGAGGUGGCUAAACAGAGAUGUGCUCCAGCUUCUAUUCGACUGAUGGACAACGAGCAGUUCCAGUUUGGUCACGCUCUUAAGCCUCAAGUAUCCUCCAUCUUCACAUCAUUUUUGGAUGGGCUGAAAAAAUUUUACAUCACAAAGUUUAAAGGCUUUGAUCCCCAUCACCUGUGUGUGGCUACUCUGCUGUUCGAAGGAGAUCGGGAGAAGGUGCUGCAGCACGAGAAACAGGUUUACGACAUAGCCGCCAAAUUUGGGGGCCUGGCAGCAGGAGAGGAUAACGGACAGAGAGGAUACAUGCUCACCUUUGUCAUUGCUUACCUGCGGGAUUUGGGGAUGGAUUAUUACGUGAUAGGCGAGUCGUUUGAGACGUCAGUGCCUUGGGACAGAGUUUUGGACCUGUGCAGAAAUGUAAAGGAGAGGAUAGUGAGAGAGUGUAAAGAGAGAGGAGUGCAGUUUCCCCCGCUGUCUACAUGCAGGGUAACACAGACCUAUGACGUUGGUGCCUGUGUGUAUUUCUACUUUGCCUUCAACUAUAGAGGUCUCAGCGAUCCAAUACAUGUCUAUGAGCAAGUGGAGCACACAGCCCGAGAGGAGAUUCUAGCCAAUGGGGGAAGCCUGAGUCACCAUCACGGAGUGGGCAAGCUGCGGAAGGAGUGGAUGAGGGAGACUGUCUCCAGCGUGGGGCUGGGCAUGCUCAAGUCCAUAAAGGAUUAUGUGGACCCCAACAACAUAUUUGGCAACAGAAACCUCCUGUAACAGCACUUUGAAAAACCUAUUAUUUUUGUUUGUUUUUUUUUCUUUUCUUUUUUCUCACAUGUAGUCCUAUUGGAAUUAAGGCAUUCUACAUAAUAAUUUCUAUGUAUUCAAGACAAGCAGUGAUUUAUUUUCAGCUUUUGAUCAAUAUCUAAUUCUAUUCCAAUACCUUACCACAAAACUCAGCACAAGACUCAACACUUCCCGCCCUCUCUGUCCCCUCCCACCCCCCUCUUCCUCUGUCCAUUUCCGUCUGCACCCCCCUUCUUCACAUUUCAGUUGUACUGCUGUGAGAAAGGUCAAAGUUCAGGCCUGAUGUCUGACGAGUCCGAUUCUUUUAUUGCAUUUUUCCCCUUUUUCUUUCUUCACAAAUCCAUCGACUGCCAAUGAGAAGUUGCCUUUCACAGAAAGAUAGGUCAAGAAAAUUGACUAUGAAACACUGAUUAUAUAAAGAUGAUGUUUGUUUACCCGCUUCCCUGUUGAACUCGUUUUUCAUUUCUUGCUGAUCUUGCCAACUUUGGCUUGAUCUAACUUUUGAUAUAUUAAAUAAAAGUAUGUUCCCGUGUAGUUUGUUGGUGUAACACAACUUGCGUGUUGACUGCAUUGUGCUUUUAAAAGCAGUGUGCCUUCUCUUUCUGUCUCUGAGUGGGUGUUGGCCUUCCUUUACCUCACUCCUCCUUUCUUUUUUUUUCUUUUUUUUUAUAUAAAAAAAAGAGUGACUGCAUUUAAACGUCUGCUGUCUCUUCACACAGCUUCUUUGUAUCUCUGCAGUUCCGUACAUCUCCCUUUUGCCUUUUCUAACCGUCAAUUUUUUUUAUUUUUUUUGCCAGGGUCUUUGUGAAUGCUUGGAUGUUUUAUCUUUAGCCUCUUCUGAUAUUUUGAAAUGUUUGUAUAGGUGUCUCUGUUCAGUGUGAACUAUAGGAAACACGUCCAUUCAUAGGAGUUCCACUUUGCUCCUGCAGACUAAGAGAACUUGCUCUAGCAUGGUGAAUGCGUCUAAGCUCCUGACUCAUUCCUCUCUGUGCAGUAAGCUUUAUCAUGGUGUCCUUGGAGAGACCGGUUUAGUUUGAUUUUUUUUGUGUGUGUGUGUUUCAUAAUGAAGAUGUGAGACCCCUGUCCUCCUACCAAAGACUUUCAGCCUUUUAGUCCUUUUGGCUAUAUGCAUUCAUACACCUGUAAAUUAUGAAUAUAUGUCAUAUAUCACAUGCAUAUAUUUGUUUAUAAAUGAAGAGUCUAAGAGUCACCAUGAUAAUUUGUAAUUUUUAAGUCUUGCUUUCAAAACAACAUAUGCAAAACGUAUGAUGAUCUGUAAAUAUUAGGGAUUUAAUCACUUCAUCUAGUACUAAUGUUUUGUCCAAGCUCACAAAGAAGCCUGGUUAUGGAUGUUAGACACUUGUGGGUUUUUAGCUUCUGUGUGAAAAGGUGUCUGUGUGUUUGUAUGAAUUUAUCCAGAUUUCCUAAAUGUCUGUAAGGGUCACGUCUUGUGUUCUUGUUACUUAUGAUUUGCCUUCUCAAUCAAAAUUUAUUUCUGUGCUGAUUUGGCUUAUGCUUUCUCUUUUCUUAGCGUUUCUCACCCUUAAAGGAAAACUCCAGUGUUUUUCAACAUAAUGUCUGUCUACUAAGUGUGUAGCAUAUUUACACAAACAAGAAUUUCAACACACUUGUAUAGAGAAAAGAAUGGGGAAAAAACCCAUUUAUUCAAAACUCAAAAAAAAAAAAAGUGUCCAAGGGCAGGUGUUCAAAUAAUUGUCCAUCCAUAAUCUAAAAUAUGUGAAUAUCCAGUCAUGUGAAAAAAUAACCACAAGGCACAAGGAGCAUUUUCAAGCAUUUAUUCAACAGAAAUAUCACUAGAUGUGAUGAUAUUCUUUGGAAAAAGUAAGUACAACCUUGGCCUGAGAAGCUAGUAUUGCCCCCUAUUGAAGCAGAAAUAACUUCUUGUAGGCGUUUUGCAUAAUUGUCCCCCAUGCAAUAUUCUUUCAGUUGCAAGAUGGUUUUCUUGCAUGUACUGCCCGUUUCAAAUCCUCUUGCGACAUUUCAAUGAUAUUCAAAUCCAAGCUUUGACUAGGCCUUUCCAUAAUCCUCCAUUUCUUCUUUUUGAGCCAUUCUUUGGUGGAUUUGCUUGUGUGCUUAGGAUCCUUGUCCUGUUUUUCGGUUCAACUUUCGGACAGAUGGACUCACAUUAUCUUCACUCUUUGAUAUAAUUCAGAAUUCAUAGUUGAAUAAAUGAAUGCAAGCUGUCCAGUUGCUGAAGCAGUGGAAAAAAAAACCAAGUCAUAACAUUUCCACCACUAUAAUUUACAGAUGGUAUGAGGUGCUUCUCCUGAAAAGCUGUCUUUGGUCAGCGCCAAACAUAUCUGCUGUUACUGUGGCCAAACAACUCUAUCUUUGAUUCAUCUGUCCAGAGGACAUCAUUUCAAAAGGCCUGGUGUUUGCCUAUAUACUCACUGGCAAACUGUAUUAUUGCAAAGGCUUUUUCCUGGCAUGCCUCCUAUGUAGGUCAAAUCUCUUUCUGAUUGUAGAAGCGUGUACUUUGACACAAACAGUUGCAAGACGACUUGGCAGAUCCUGUAAUGAAAUUUUGAAGUUCUUGGAGACCCCUUUUUGCAUCAGACGGUCUGCUCUUGGGCUGAAUUUGCUGGGACGGCCAGUCUUAGACAAAUCGGCAGUCGUUUGAAAUCUGCCAAUUUAUUUGCUUAGUAUUCAAAUACAUUGUAGAUUGUAGAAUGAUGUAUUUUUCAAACAAUUUGGAGAUCUUUUUAAAUCCCUUGCUAGACUCACAGGCAUCUACAACCGUUUUUGGUUUUUUUUGGAAGGUCUUAUAGAACUCUUUAGAUCUUGGCAUGAUGACACACACACACACACCCACCUCAAUAGCAAAGGGAACACCAGACACUAGAUAUGAGAGGGGUAUAAAUAAGACAGGUUCUAAUCACUGGCACCGAAUCUUGAACACCUGAUUCUAAUUUUAUGGAUUUGAAGGUGUGAUAAAUGUAAGGGUGUACUUAAUUUUUCCAUGUGAAUUUUCUGGUUUUGUUUUUUUUUGUUUAUUUCAAUUACUACAAAAUGUACAUUUUAGGUGUCAGCUGACAGUAUCACCUUUAUGAUGUUUCAAAGAGGAUCAAAUGUUUGCUUGUCCAAAUGUGUCCCAAAAAACAACAACAAUUUCCAUGGGGUGUACGUAAUUUUUCACAUGACUGUAUAGCACAACUUCUCUUUUAAAAAAGAACAGCUGUUUUUGUAGUACUCAUACGCAAUCAAACCAAGACCUUUAUGUAAGUGACAGUUUUUCCCUUUUAAACAAUAGUCCUAUCUCUGGAACAAUAAUUCUACAGAAUUAGAGCUUAGUAUUCAAAUACUUGUGACUGAACAUUUUAUUUCAAAAAAUAAAUCAGUCAAAUCUAAAAUAUUUGUAGUGCCCUAACUAGGGUCGCAUUGUUCUCACUGGUUCAAUGCCAAUAGCAGUUUUGAUAUCAGCGGAUACCCGGUACUGAUCCAAUGCUGCUAUCUUUGUAGUAAGUGACAUGACUUUGUCAUCAAGUUAUGCAAGACAUUGACACGAUGACAUGCUUAAGGACAUGUCCACAUGAAGGACCCGUGUUUUCAGUCAAUGUACCUUGUGCACAGCAAUAAAUACUUCAGUGGAUUGGAUUUGAAAAUAUGUAAAAUCCGAUACAAUACUGAAUCAGUAUUUGAGGCUGACAUCUGCACCAAAACUGAUUGGGUUUGGAGUUUCGAGUUCAGUAUCCGUACAUUUCAACACCUAACGUUUGCCGUUAGAUGCCUAUUAAAUGUGCGAUUUGAGUAAGGAGGUAUUCAGUUCUGUUCUCAAUGAAGGGAAAAAGUUCAAACUUCUCUGUGGUAAUCACAAGUAUACUACAAAUGUGGAAGAUAGAAAUUUAGAUCGAAAAAAAAAUGCUUGAGUAUUCCUUUAAGCUGAACCUAAGCCUUCCUAGUAUACUGCUGUAUGGUGCUAGAGUAAAAAUGCAAAGUUACUGAUGUCAAAUUCCUCAUUUUAUUUUAUUAUUUUUUUUGUAUAAUCUCUGCCUUUAUACCAUUCUACUGAUCCAAGCAACCAUCCUGUGAUGAUUUAUUUCUAUGCAUCAUUUUCCCCAUAUAGAUGUCAACGAAACUAUUUACAACACCUGAGUGCUUAGUCUCUCAUGCACUGCUCCGUGAAAAAAGUUUAAUGGAAGUUGUUGUAAAUACUUACCGAAACCAGUCUGGCUUUUCUUUGUGAAAUAUGGAAUGAAGAAAAUGUUGGGACUUAUUUGCUCCCUGUGCACAUUUUCUGAACAUUCAUAGCAGCCUGAUCCUGCCAUUUCACUACCUGCAAAUGCCCUCUUUGGUCAUUCCCGAGUUUCCUUGGUAACAUGUUUAACCUUGGCAUUCAUUUUGUCAGUGCUGUUUGUGCAAUAAAUGAACAUUUAAAGCA